GUCUGAGCAGAGGGCGAAACGGCCCGGUAAGGGCGGCUCGGAUGGAGCAGGAGGAGACCGAGAAGGAGGGCCCCCAAGCUGGCCGCCAGCAGGCUGAAGGGUCGGCCGUAGGCCAGUGUGACAUGGUGGAUCUCAGCGGCAAGGGGCUGGACAGGUUACCAAAGCACAUCCUUCAAAUGGCCAGCUUACAGAACUUGUAUCUCGAAGGAAACGCCAUCUCUGGACUUUCUGAGGACUUCUUUCAUCAAUUACCAAAUCUUCUCUGGCUGGAUUUGCGAAACAAUAAGCUCAGAAGCCUUCCUCAUUCAAUUGGAGAUCAUAGGUGCCUUAAAACAUUGCUUCUUGAGGGGAACCCUAUCCGAAGGCUGCCAGUGGAACUUGGUAAUCUGACUUCAUUGAAGGCCCUCAACCUCAGAAAAUGUCCGAUAGAGUUUCCUCCUGAAGUUGUAAUGCAUCAAGGAUUAAUUGCAAUUCUGGCUUUCCUCAGACAGCCAUUACAAAGAGGAGCUGAACAUACUGCUUUAUCUGCACACAAUACAGAAAUGCCAUUAAUUGAAAAACUACAAUUGAAUGUCCGAACAGGAUCAAGUUUAAGUUUCUCUGAUGAGAAAGAGCAGCAAAGGUUCAAAACACUGAAGCAGAAAUUAUUGCAAGAAGAGAAAAAGGAAGAUUCUUCUCAGUCUAAGAAGGUCUGGGGUGCAGGGUUCCUAUCGAGCAUAUCUAAUAUUCCCAGGGAGAAGACUCCUAAUCUAAAUAUAUUAUUUCCCGAGUUGACAGCAUAUGAUGUGACUAUUCAGUCAAAGAGAAAACGUGAACUUAGAUUAGCUGCAAUGAAAGAACACAAAGAAAAACAGGCGUUUAUAGAACAGAGGAUGAAAGACCAGAAAGCAUUGAGGGAAUGGAGGGACCAAGCUAAAUUAAUGCAGGAGCAGAAAGAAAUAGAAGUAAAGCAAAGAUCUGUAACAGAAAGGAACAAGAUAGUGAAGAGUGCACCAUAUGCUACGGAUCCAAACUACUACCAAAGUGUGAGAAGUGGGGAUUUGAAAGAGCCACAUACCUGUGAACCUACACGAAGGUUGUACUCCAGAAAUGAAAUGGAAGAAACAAAAGCAGUGAAAGAUCAAGAACUGAGGGAACGGAUUCAGCAACAUAUCAAACUGCUACGAGAAAGAAGGAAAAGACAAAAAGGAAGCCUUCAAGAAGAAUUGGCGACUGCAAAAGCGGAUUUAGAAAUUGCUACAGAACUGAAAUCUACACUUGCUAGAAGAAAAAUCAUAGGGAAUCUCUCAUAAAAUAACAUUAUUUUGAUUGUUGGAGGACCUUUAUCCAUAAAUUCAUGUACUAUCCAUUCCCAAAAUGCUAUUUUUAUCAAGGAAUGAUAAUGGACUAUCACAACACUGAAGAAUAUCUACAGUUGAUAAUGGAAGUGCAAUAAAUGGGAAUAUUGUAUUUAAUAUUCUGUCUAAAGUGAAAUUUCAUCAAUAGCUAUGUUCAAUUGGUAUAUGCUGUUCAAAACAUGCUACCUUAUAAUACCUGUCUGCAGCAAGAAAUAAUUAAUAGGUUAUUAAAGCUUUUCGUUUGACAUAUUGUUAUAAGGUAGAGAUUGACCCCACUCUGAUAGCUUAAACCAAAAUACCCAGAGAGGAGCACCUCGCCUUAUAAUCUGUUAAAAGAAUUCCCAAUCAAUUAUAAGGGAGUGGUUAAUAAAAUAAACCCCUGACACUCAUAAUCAACAAGUAACAAUUUAUUUAUCUAACUCUAACAAUGAACAAAUUAACUGAACUAAUAACAAACUGAAUAAACCUCUUCUAGCUACUAACUAUUCACGAAUAAAACAGAAUUCUGAUGGCCUCCUUUUAUUCAGGAAUAUUAACUAAGAGUGCUGAAGUCCCUUUAUUUAGAUUAUGCUUUCUCUAAGAGCUGAGAGAGCUAAUCUCUUAGCAGAUGGUAGUUCGCUCUCUACUGAUUCUGCAAAUGUCCCCGUCUUUUAUACCCUUGAUGACAUAUCAAUUUCUUACAAUAGGACUGGCCCUAUGUGGUCAAAACCAUCAGAUUUAAAUUUAAUUGGUUUUUAGCUUCUAAGUACCUGGUUUAAAUUAAUUGGCUAAGUCAAAACUUGUCUUGAUAACAAAACAAAACUGUGUAGCUAACUGUACAGCCUUUAUUAUAAAUAUUAUAAUUCAGAUGCUCUGUGCACCUGCAAACCCAUUAACUAUCCGCAGACUUUUGUUUUAAAUCUCCAAGCCUCUAAAAAGCAGAUAAUCUUUUAAAGAGACCACACACUGUUUUCGCUCCCAACAUUUUAUAAACAUCAAUAUUAUACAAACACCAAUUUCUACCAUCCUUCCUUCCAAUCCACAAGUACUCUGCUCAACUUCACAACAACUCCUGCCUUAAAAAAAGAACCAUCACUAUAAAAAGAUGGCUUCAUUUUUUAAAACCUUAAUGUUAUUAUGACUAGAUCCACGGGUCAUUAAU